AUGUCUUCAGGUCACUCCUGGUUCCUCUCCAGGCUCAGUUUUAGAAGUCUCCACUUAAGUGAGUAGUCCACAUGCUGUUGGUUUAUAUUUGUGUGACCUAUAGUGUCUGCUUCACCCUGGUGCUUAAUUGUGCUUCCUUACUUUUCCUACUGAUUACCUUGUAACUUAAUUUCAUACAAUUAUUUUUCUCUUCACAACCAAUAAAUCCCCCAAAAUGUGCAGCAGGGACAUGGAAAAUCAAGGCACUGACCUCAGAUCUGUGUUAAAUAAACAUCUACUCCAUGUAGAACCCUAAACCACUAUCACUACAUCAAGGCAAUCAUAGUUUUGUCUCUAACUAGAGUAUCUGCAUAUAUUUCAAGAUGUUGUGUAUUGUUGCAAACCAACAGAAUGAGUGUAAACAUAACUGUCUUGAUAAUAUAGCAUGCCAAAAAAAGUGGUCUCCUAAAUAAAACAAAUCUAAAAUGAUCUUUUUUGGUCUGAACACAAUUCUAAUAAAACUAAUGACAGACUAAAUUCACUUUCAAGAGUGCUAAAAUGUUUUUUUGGAAAUAAAUGUCUCACCCAUGCGCUUCUAACCUUUACAGACUCCAUGAAUUGAUGCCCAUCCCCUAAAUAUUUGGUCACAUGAUCAAUUUCUUUGACCAUUUCCAAGCAACAGGGGGUGGCUUAACUUACCCUUUGGCUCAACUUACCCCAGUCUCCCCUACAUGAUGGGUGUUCUGCUCUGCAAAAUGGAUGAUUCUAAUAAAACAGUUUGCAUCUGGAUUUUUAGCUUCCUUUUUCAAAGACAUGCCCACCAUGUUCUAGGCCCCCUAUGCCCUUGGUGGUACAUCUGGGAACAAUCUUGCGUUCAGGUGUCUUAUAUUUUAAUGUUUCUGUUGAUGUUUCACAGCCACGAGAGGCCUUACGAACUACGGUCUGUCCUGCUGUGUGAACAGUUUACUGCAGACCCUCUGUGCUACCUGGGAACUGACAGAGCUGCUAGACAAGUAAGAAAACUAAGCAGCUUCUUUAUUAUGAUAUUGACUUUUUGAACAUUAUAGAUUAGUUCAUGCUAAAUUAAUUGUUUCCAUCUGUAAAAUCUUCUAAAGCAUGGACAUGCCAUUUGUAUGUGGUGAAAAAGAUUUAAGAGCCUUUGAAACAGAUAAAAAUCUACAGGGGUAACAACCAGGACCAGAGGUGCUUUUUAAUUUCACUGAAAAAUGAACACUAAUAAUUUUGAAUUACACAAGGUGGGAAUCAUCUGUUAACCGAGAUGACGAGCGAAAUGUUCCUCUGCAGCUGAAGAGAGUCCUUUCUGCACUGAAGAGCAACACCCAUCAGCCAGUUUCCCCUCGUGAUCUUCUCCGCUGUCUGGACAGACACUCCAUCCCACGUAAGGACAAACAAAUUUGCAAGUCAGAUGUGUGUUACUGAUGUUUUUUAUCUCUCAACUCAGUGCAAAUGUUUUGCAGUCAAUGUGCAGCAUGAUGCAGACGAGGUAUUUCUCGCUCUUCUGAACUUGGUGCAACAGCAGAUUGGCGACAGAGUUCUGGUUGGUUUCAAAAUAUUAAAAUUGUUUGUUUUUCUAUGUGCAAGCCAUUCAUUUACAAUUUCCUUAGCUUUGUUUUAUUUUAUUUUUCGCUGUCAGGCGCUCGAAAUUCAGACUCUGUACAAGAUUUCUGUAGAGGCACACCUGCAGUGUCUGGAGUGCACCACCGAUCAGACUCACAGAAGCUUCCUGCUCAGCUUGCCACUGCACAUAAAGGAAGAUCACAAUUCUCUGGUACCAUAUCUUCUGUCUCAGAUUUUUUAAGAAAAAUGACAAGAAUAUUAGGAACAGUUAGGAACAGCUUUAUUGCUUUUUUCACCAAUGUAAAAAUAAGGGCCUGUGUCCACCAACAGCUUUUUUUUGUGGACUUUCUGUGACCUUCAUUUCAGAGCACUUUGCAUUGCUUACUGUUGCAAGGUUACAGAAAGCAGCCGUGCAUAAUUUCUGCGCUCCCCAGUAAUGUCUUUUAGUUGUUUUAAAAAUUUAGCUGUUUGCUACAAUUUUUAAUAAAUUCAAUGCAAAUUUUCAAAGCAAAUGUAAAAACUGAAAAUGUUUCGCAGUAGCUCCAAAGCUGGAAAUUGUACCCCAGAGAAACAAGUGUGGUUAGUUCCUCAAAUCUCUGCCACUGUUGUUGACAAGGUUGAUAUCAGAGGUCUAACCCCUCAUCGGUUUUGAUUGUUGGGGAUGAAGAGGUGACAUUGAUAAGUGUGGAGAUGUUACAAAAAUCUAAGUUUUUUCAGCUGAGGGCGGUCAAACAUCAAAGCCCAUGGGGUUUAUGGGCAAGUGCCCAUAAACCCCAUGCAAGUAAAUCAGCAAGUGAUGUAAACACUGAAAAUCCUGAACUGUGUUGGCUUUACAUAGAAAAUUGACACUGCCAGUGAAAAAUGGAUGUUGGUGGACACCAGCCCUAAGAACGUGGGCUCACCCAGCAAUAAUACAACAAAGGACUGGAAAGCAUUGUUUGAAAUCAAUGUAGUAAGUAAUGUAGCCUUACUUUAGGAUGUAAAAAAGGCUCUGUUAAAGGUGUAACUGAGGAUGUUAAAUAUGUGAUAAUGUGAUAGUAAAGGAUGUAAUUAAAAGAAUGUCCAAGGCUUAGUUAGGGGUUUAAUUGGAGGUGUUCAAAGGCUAAGUUAAGAGCGUAAAAAACUGGGGGGGCUAUAAAGGAUGCUUACAGUCUUAGUUGAAUGUCUAGUUAAGGUAGUAAAAAAUGGCUUAGCUAAGGGUGUCACUGAGGAUGCGUCAAAGCUUAGUUAAAGGUGUUAUGGGUGUAAAAAGAUUAGUAAAAUUAGCAUUUGCUCACAGGCUGCAGCUACACAUUUAGUACAGUAAGUUGGAACUGUUCACGAUUUUGUUUCCCAACUCUUGUCAGUACGUAGUAAGAAAAAAAAUCUUCCCAAACUUUGGCUCUAAGUAUACUUGACCGUAUCCUAAUUUUAUGACCAACUUGUACUUUUUCAGGAAGAAUGCAUGACGUCAUACUUCAAGCACCAGGAGCUGAGGGGUAGAAACUGCUGCUACUGUAAACAGUGUGGAGUAAAAACUCCAUCCAAACAGGUGAGGCUGGUUUUAUACACAGUCUUCCAUCGCUAGUUUGUACCUUUUAUAGUGAAACAUCUUUUUCUCUUAAAGGGUUUCAAAUUGCUCUCCCUGCCUGCUAUCUUGCGUGUGCAUCUGAAAAGAUUUCGGAGUAAUGGUAGUUACACCCGAAAAGUUGAUAGCCAGGUUACAUUUCCAGAAACACUUGACCUCUCUGUGAUCCUGAAAGAUGCAUUCUCCUCAGAAUUUACUCAGGUAAUUGCAUUUUGAAACUAAUAUUUUCAUAUUUUAUCUUGGGUCAUCCAUAAGUUUUUUAUUUUAUUUUGUUUUUUUUCAGAAUGACUGCAUGUACACGUUAUAUGCAGUGGUAGUGCACUCUAGUAGUGCAAUGUUCGGUCACUACACUGCUUAUGUUCACCAUACAGUGAACCAGCGCUGGUACUAUGCAAAUGACAGCCAUGUUCAACAGGUAUUUAAGUCCAAACAAAAUCUGUCUUUCUUAAAUGCAUUUUAUUUCCAAGAUAAUUUUUCUCAAGUCUGCGCUCCAUACCGAUUAUGGAAAGAAAAAAAUGCAUAUUUUGAGAAAAAAAAAUGAAUACAAAAGUGUCUGAUUUGUGCGCAGACCUCUUGGGAAGAAGUCAAGACUACAUAUGGAGGCUGUCACAGGUAAAUCAGUCCAUCUUAAUUUUCGUUUCUGUUCUGUUGUUUGCUGAUUGUUUGGUCAAGUUGUGCACGACAGUCAUGGGAUUCUCUGAUAGUUGACAAGGUCGAUGCUUAACAUUCUGGUAGUACAAGCCUGCAGUUAGCUUUGAUUGCCAUCAGAAUGAAAACAAAAUAGCAACCUGUCUACACAAGCAAGAAAUGGUAAACCAAGAGCUGAAAAGCAUUUACAGAUGUGUGUAUUUUGUUUAUGUAUUUUGUUGUCUAAAUGUUAAAUGCUUUUAUUUUUUCAGACCUACAGCGUACAUGUUAAUGUACAGAAGAGGAUCAGGCUCUGGAGGACAAUAA